AUGCUAUCUUUGAAAGCUCAAUCCUCUGUGGUUGGGAAGUCCAGCUCUUUGAGAUUGGUUAGAAACUUUUCUAAAAACGUCCGUGCUUUGUCCCAGGUUGCUGAUGAAACUAAGCCAGGUGAUGAUGACCUAGUUCAAAUUGAUUUGCCAGAAACCUCUUUUGAAGGUUAUCUUUUGGAUGUUCCUGAAUUAAGUUAUCAAACCACCAAGUCCAAUUUGCUACAAAUGUACAAGGAUAUGAUUAUCGUUAGAAGAAUGGAAAUGGCCUGUGACGCUUUGUACAAGGCUAAGAAAAUUAGAGGUUUCUGUCACUCCUCUGUCGGUCAAGAAGCCAUUGCCGUUGGUAUUGAAAACGCUAUCACUAAGCGUGAUACCGUCAUCACCUCUUACAGAUGUCAUGGUUUCACCUACAUGAGAGGUGCUGCUGUUCAAGCUGUGUUGGCUGAAUUGAUGGGUAGAAGAACUGGUGUGUCCUUCGGUAAGGGUGGUUCCAUGCACUUGUACGCCCCUGGUUUCUACGGUGGUAAUGGUAUCGUUGGUGCCCAAGUCCCAUUGGGUGCUGGUUUGGCCUUCGCUCAUCAAUACAAACACGAAGAUGCUUGUUCUUUUGCCUUGUACGGUGAUGGUGCCUCUAACCAAGGUCAAGUUUUCGAAUCCUUCAACAUGGCCAAGUUAUGGAACUUACCAGCCGUCUUCUGUUGUGAAAACAACAAGUACGGUAUGGGUACCGCUGCCGCAAGAUCUUCAGCCAUGACUGAAUACUUCAAGCGUGGUCAAUACAUUCCUGGUUUGAAGGUUAACGGUAUGGAUAUCUUGGCUGUUUACCAAGCUUCCAAGUUCGCUAAGGACUGGACUGUCUCCGGUAACGGUCCAAUCGUUCUUGAAUACGAAACUUACAGAUAUGGUGGUCACUCUAUGUCUGAUCCAGGUACUACUUACAGAACCAGAGAUGAAAUCCAACACAUGAGAUCUAAGAACGAUCCAAUUGCAGGUUUAAAGAUGCACUUAUUGGAAUUGGGUAUCGCCACGGAAGAUGAAAUUAAGGCUUACGACAAGGCUGCUAGAAAGUACGUCGAUGAGCAAGUCGAAUUAGCUGAUGCUGCCCCAGCUCCAGAAGCUAAGAUGUCCAUCUUGUUCGAGGAUGUCUACGUUCCAGGUUCUGAAACUCCAACCCUAAGAGGUAGAUUGCAAGAAGAUACUUGGGAUUUUGCUAAGAAGAGCUUUGCUUUCAGAGAUUAG